UUCGAGAAAAGCCCAUCAGUCAUGAUCGUGGUUCCGAUCGGUACGCUUCAAAAAACGCAGCUCACUGCACCGUAGCCUCGCCUGUGUACAAAACGUGCAACAGAAGGCGCAAACCCCCUUCGUUAUUCCGUCCGUGGUACAAUAAGUAGAAGCGCGUGAAGAGAGUGUCGUAUAUUGAUGAGAUCGCUUAUGGGGCGAGUGGACGCGCAAAACCGUGAACCUUUUCGAAAAGCUCGAGUGCAUUGAAAAGUUUGUCGUGCAAAAGUUGCCCAACCGUCGUCAUUAGGUUUCUAAUUCAACAACUACACCUGUGCACUACUGUGAAGAAAUGCAAUGCAUUAUGAAGUUGUUGCUUGCCUCGGUGUCGCUGAUGAUCGGGAUGCUGGAAGGUGCCGUUGGGUCUCCGAAUGUGAUUGUUAUCGUUGCUGACGAUCUUGGUUGGAACGAUGUCAGCUUUCACAGUUCAAAGCAGAUCUUCACGCCGAACAUCGACGUUUUGGCAUACCACGGUGUCAUUCUAAACCGGCAUUACUCUGCGCCCUUUGGCGUAGCAUCUCAAGCAGCGCUGAUGACCGGCUUUCAUCCGCUUGAGUUGGGCGUAAAAGGUCCCACCUUUUACGGAGCAGAUCAGCCAUGGCUUUUCGGGUCGGAAGUGCAACUGAUGCCUGAAUACUUCCGAGAAGCGGGAUAUGCGACGCAUUUGGUCGGCAAGUGGGGUCUUGGUUUCUCCCGGAAGGAGUACACCCCUACCCAACGGGGGUUCGAUAGCCACUUCGGAUUUCUGGGGCCGUACAUCGAUUACUGGGAUCACAGCUUGAAGUUGCAUAAUACCUCGACGCGUGGACUGGACAUGCGGCGGAAUUUGGAAGUGGAUUAUUCGGUUAAUGGAAGCUACGCGACGGAUUUGUUCAACGGUGAAGCAGUACGCCUGAUACAGGAGCACGAUCAGAAGAAGCCGCUGCUGUUGGUGUUGACACAUCUGGCACCUCACACUGGCAACGAGGACGAUCCAAUGCAGGCUCCCGCCGAAGAGGUGGAGAAGUUCGACUACAUCAAAGACGGAAAGCGUCGCGUGUUGGCGGCCAUGAUCUCCAAGGUCGACGAAGGGGUUGGUCAGAUAAUGCAAGCACUCAAAGAACGCGACAUGCUCGACAACUCGAUCGUGCUGUUCUACGCCGACAAUGGGGCACCGACAGUAGGGAUCCACUCGAACGCUGGCUCAAACUUUCCGUUAAAAGGGCAAAAAUACAGUCCGUGGGAGGGGGCAGUUCGGACGGUUGCUGCCAUCUGGAGUCCCCUAUUGAAUCUGACCGGUGGCCGUGUAUCAAACCAGUGGAUUCACGUGAGCGAUUGGCUACCAACGCUGGCGCAUGCCGCCCGGAUCGAAGGAAUUCCCAUUGGCAGUGACAUAGACGGGCGUAAUCAGUGGGAAGCGCUAAAGAAUCCGGCAAUUAGUGUUAGGAAUGUGGUAAUGAAUAAUAUCGACGAGUUGCACCACUACAGUAGCUAUAGCCGGAAUGGGUGGAAGUACGUGAAUGGAACAUCGUGGGAGGGAAAGUUCGAUAGCUGGAUGGGUGAAUUGGAUGAAGAAGACGAGUUGAGUGAGGAAGAGUAUGUGGUGAUGCUUGCGGGGUCCGUAGUUGGGCGGAUGAUGCCACUAGAUUUGGAUCAUGUAGCUCGUUUGCGGCGCGAGGCGGCUGUUGAAUGUGGAGAUUUGAGCGAGGCAAAGGAUUGCAAACCGAUGGAAUCGGCAUGUUUGUUCAAUCUGUUGGAUGAUCCCUGCGAGAGGAACAAUGUGGCUUCGGAAAAUUUGGAUAUUUUGGAGGAGCUACGAGAAGAAGUUGAACAGUAUAGACAGAUGGCCGUUGAACCUCGGAACAAGCCAGCUGAUUCGCGCGCUGAUCCUGGAUUCUACAACAAUACGUGGACCUGGUGGCUGGAUGAAAUUGAUUCUCGGUCAAAUAUGUACCUGUUUCCUGUUUUGAUAAUAGUCAUUUCGAUAGUUAUGAUAGCAUUAAUUAUUUUAAUAACACGUCCCUUUAAAUAGUAAAAUUUUAGAUUUAAUAGACUAA